AUGGAAGAGAGAGAGCUCCAAAAACCCCACCACGUCGAGCUCCAAAAACCCCACCACGUCGAGCUCCAAAUCAUCACGACGAGCACCAGUACGACCACCUCACUGACAAACCUCGACGUGGCGACUGAGAAGACCCUCUCCAAGCUCUCCAUCCUGACAAGAUUCCACGCCGGCUACUUCCGAAUCAGCCUCUCCCUCUGCGGCCAGGCCUUGCUGUGGAAGACGCUGAGCGAGCCGACGACAGACGCCCACGCCCUGCGGCCCAUCAUCCGCAUGGUCCCCGCCGCCGCCUUCGUCAUGUUGUGGUCCCUCGCCCUCUUCACCCUCGUCGCCCUCUGCCUCCUCUACGCCGUCCGCUGCCUCUUCCGCUUCCGCAGCGUCCGCGCCGAGUUCGCCCACCACGUCGGCAUGAACUACCUAUUCGCCCCCUGGAUCUCCUGGCUCCUCCUCCUCCAGUCCACCCCCUUCCUCCGCCCCAACACCAAGUCCUACCUCCUCCUCUGCUGGCUCUUCUCCCUCCCCAUCCUCGUCCUCGACGUCAAAAUCUACGGCCAGUGGUUCACCAAGGGCAAGAAAUUUUUAUCCAUGGUCGCCAACCCCACCAGCCAGAUCACCGUCAUCGCUAACUUCGUCGGCGCCCGCGCAGCCGCCCAGAUGGGCUGGCGGGAGACCGCCGUCUGCAUGUUCUCCGUCGGCAUCGCUCACUAUCUCGUCCUCUUCGUCACUCUCUACCAACGAUUCCUCGGCAGCGACUCGCUCCCCGCAAUGAUCCGUCCCGUCUUCUUCCUCUUCUUCGCCGCCCCCAGCAUGGCCUGCCUCGCCUGGGACUCCAUCUCCUCCUCGUUCGACACCUCCUGCAAGAUGCUCUUCUUCCUCUCCCUCUUCCUCUUUGCCUCCCUGGUCUCGCGGCCGGCGUUGUUCAGGAGAUCCAUGAGACAGUUCAGCGUGGCUUGGUGGGCUUAUUCCUUCCCGCUGACCGUUCUAGCACUUGCCGCCACCAAAUAUUCCCAGGAGGUGAAGGCGGAGAUGGCGAACUUGCUGAUGCUCCUGCUAUCAGUGCUCUCGGUGUUGGUGACACUGAUUCUGAUGGUAUUCACGGCAUUAAAACCAAAUGAUCUAUUGCCUCAUGAUGAUCCAUUUUGGUGCCCCAAUCUCAUACGGAAAGCAUGAAACCGAUCGAUGAGCAUGGCUUUCUAUGAAGGAGCUAAUUAAUUGGGCGUAGCUUUUACUUUAUGUGUACAUUAUUGUCGUAAGAAAUAGGAGUGCAGCAUGUCAAUUGUAGCAUGGGUGCCCAAAGAUGCAAUCUUGUAAGCUUAAUUUACUUAGGUACCUCAUAUGACUAUUCUUUCUUUAUCACAAAAAGGAGAAAAUUAAAAUGUUCUUUCUAUCA